AUGACAUUUAUCGUGCCGAUGGGUGGCCUCAAGCGCUAUGCCAUCCAAAAAAAUUUUAUUCUAAUAGUGCACAGUCGCUCAACCUCUCUCUCUCUCUUCCUACACUACCAGUUUUUGCUCUCUCUCGCACCAUCAAGCUUUUCUCUUUCCCUCGCUUUUCUCUCCGAUCACCAAGCCGCUGUCUCACCAAGCCUCGCUUUUCUCUCCGAUCACCAAGCCAUCGCUGUCACCAAGCCUCACUUUUCUCUCCGAUCAACAAGCCGCUGUCCGAAUCACCAAGCCUCUGUCGAUUCACCGUCACCCAUCUCCAAAUCCGUUUUCACUGUCACCAAGCCUCGCUAUUCGCUCCGAUCACCAUGCCGCUGUCACCAAGCCUCGCUUUUCUCUCCGAUCAAGAAGCCGCUGUUCGAAUCACCAAGCCUCUGCCUCUGCCGAUCCACCCUCACCCAUCUCCAAAUCCGUUUCACUGUCACCGAGCUUCGCUUUUCUCUCCGAUCACCAAGCCGCUGUCACCAAGCCUCGCUUUUCUCUCCGAUCACCAAGCCGCUGUCCGAAUCACCAAGCCUCUGCCUCUGCCUCUGCCGAUUCACCGAAGCUUCGUCGGUCUCUCAAAUAAAAUCAAAAUCAAAUUUACUAGAGGUGGGAUUCAGCUUCAUCACGAGGGUUUUCGCUUGCUGUCGGAUUAGCAUCUUCAGAAAGUCUGCUCAGUUCCUGCAGUUAAUUACUCAAUCAAUGGCCAUGAGUAUACAAUGGGAUACUACCUUGCUGAUGGCAUAUAUCCGAAGUGGUCAACAUUUGUUAAAACAAUUCCAUCUCCACGAGGACAUAAGAACAAAUUAUUUGCAAAAGCUCAAGAGGCUUAUAGAAAGGAUGUAGAGCGUGCAUUUGGAGUGCUUCAAGCAAGAUUCGCAAUUGUGCGUGGGCCUGCAAGAUUUUUCUAUAGUGAAACGCUCCAAGACAUCAUGAAAGCAUGCGUAAUUCUUCAUAACAUGAUCAUUGAGGAUGAGCGAGAUGUAAAUGAAGCAGUGGAAGUAGAUUAUGAGCAAAUUGAUGACAAUCCUACUAUACAACUGUCACGGGAGAACACAAAUGAAUUUACGGAGUUCAUUGAAACCCAUCAAUGUAUUCGAGACCAUAAAAUUCAUUCUCAACUCCAAUUAGACCUCAUUGAACAUUUAUGGCAAUUAGAAGGGGAGUUGUAGGAACUUAAGUGUGUGAGUUAUGCAUGUGGGGUUUUAUUAUAAUUUGAUAUAUGUACGAGUCUUCUAAAGACAACAUUGAUAGUUAUGUAUGUGGAUUGUAAUUUUUUUUUGUUUUUUGU